AUGAGAUUCAACGCUGUCAUCGCCUCCGCUAUCCUUGCGGCUACCGUCUCCAGUGCAGCACUUCCAGUGCCUGCCGAGGCCGCUGAGAAGCGCGAAGCUGAGCCUCAACUCCCGACAUGGCCGCGCCCUUAUGGACUCCCUUAUGGCAUGGCUGCCGAGAAGCGCGAGGCUGAAGCUGAGCCACAGGUCCCAACCUGGGACCGUCCUUACGGUUUCCCACACGGUAUGGCCGCUGAGAAACGCGAAGCCGAAGCCGAACCACAACUCCCAACUUGGCCACGCCCUUACGGUCUUCCUUACGGUAUGGCCGCCGAGAAACGUCAGCCAGAAGCUCUUGAGGAGUAG